AUUGUAUUACGUUUGAUGGGCAAUAGAGCUGCUAAAAAGAAAAAACUUGAAAUUUUAUCUGCUUAUCUAACUAUAAUGAACACAACAUAUCUUGAUAUUCCUGAGGUUUUCGAAGGUAAAAAAUCUUCUAGGUCAAUGUACGAGUCGACUCAAUUUAAUUCUUCUCCCGGAACACCUUCCGAUAGUCAGUUUAAACAAUCGUUUUCAACACCAGCCAACGACAGAUCGAAAAGAAAUCAACCGAGACCCCAGGUGAAACGAAAACUUGAUCUUGAACACAAGGCUGUUUUACAACAGCAAAAUCGUCAACAAGAACCGGUUGCCAUGCAACCAUUGCAACCUAUUAUAUUUACAACAUUUAAAACACCUUCAAAGGUUUUUAUGGCUAAUUCACAGACUAAACAAAUAAUCAGAUCUGCUCCUCAACCAAUUGCUCCUGCAACAUUUAAAACAAAAUUAAAUUCUCCUGCAUUAGAGGAAAAAUUAGCAGUUCAAAAGUCGCCAGCAUGUGAGCGACGUUAUGAAACGUCCUUGGGUAUUCUUACUAAGCGAUUUGUUUCACUUCUUCGAAACUCAGUCAGUGGAAUCCUUGACCUUAAUCAGGCUGCUGAAUUACUUGAUGUUCAAAAAAGGAGAAUUUACGACAUAACAAAUGUUUUGGAGGGUAUUGGUGUUAUCGAAAAGAAUUCUAAAAAUAAUAUUAAAUGGGUUGGUGCAAAGCAUUUGGAAAAUCAAAAUGAUAAUAUUGCCGAUGUAGAAAAUCAAGAGGAAGCAAUCCUCGCGACUAAUUUAGUAGAUUUGCAUCAAGAUAUAGAGGAUUUAAAGCUGUCUGAAGCAAAACUUGAUGAACUCAUUCAGCAAUGUCAAAAUGAAAUGAAGCAAUGCAGUGGUGCUAAACAUUACAAUAAACAUUCAUAUGUUACUUACCAAGAUAUCCGUGGUAUUAAAGAUUUUAACAACAAAACUGUUAUUGCUAUUAAAGCUCCUCCAGAAACCAAGUUAGAAGUUCCUGAUCCUAAUGAGUCGAUUCAGAUUUGGUUAAAAAGUUCAAAUGGGCCCAUUGAUGUAUACUUAUGUCCAGAAAAUAAAGAGAAUGUACCACCUUCGAAUGAUAGGCUUGAUGAAUGUGCUUACUCGGAUUCUACAAGCUCCGUUUCUGAAUUUUCACCGUUCAAUAAUGAAAAUCUUUGUUCUCCGGGUAAUCUUAGUCAAAGUUCAGGAUAUUUUGAUGAAUGUCAGUUUUCAAGCUACGAUGCCAAUACAACACUUUCUUCGAUGAAUUGUGAUGCUCUCCACAUAAAUAAACUUGAUUCAGAGGACUUUAUUGCAUAUAAUGAAAGCUGUUACCAAAAUGAACUCUCUAUAUCUCCCCUUAUUUCCCUUGAGCCUAACUUCAAAGCUGAAGAUUAUCUUUUUUCUCUCGACUGUAACGAAGGUAUCAGUGACCUUUUUGAUGUAGACACGUUUUUAUAAAUUAUUUUUAUUAGCAUUAAAGACUAUUUAUAUUAUAUAUAUGUACAUAAAUCAUUCUUACUACGUCUAUAAAUCAUUCUUCUCUCUAAAAUUUUGUUUUAUAUUUAAACCAAGUAGAAAUUUUUUAUCAUAAAACUUGAUUCAAAUAUUUUUUUUACCUUAAAAACUGUUACAAAAAAUCUUUUAAUUAUGAAUCUUCUUUUUGUUUUAUUUACUCAUCCUAUAAAUACUUGAAUGUUUUUCCUGUAUAUAAGACGGUUUGCAUAUAUAUAUUACACAUUUACUUUUAUUUGUAAAAUAAAUUAUUUUAUAGUAUAAAUACUUAAUCAAUUAUCUAUUGUAAUAAAAGCUCCGCAAAGGAGAUAAAGCUAUAGUUUUAUGCGAUAUAUGAUUGUGUUAAGUCAAAUGAUAUAUAACUUAUUAAAUCUUAUUUAUUAAUCAAUUGUAUCUGUUAAUUUAUCUCAUGUAUCAAUUGUAAUAAAAUUUUA